UCGUACAAUAGUCAUGGAACGUGGUCGCCGAGUAAGAGGGGAAAGACAAAGCUAAGCCUCGCACGCCGAGAUUGAGAACAUCUGGCAGACGGCUUGACGCAAGCACUUUUACCUUGAAAGUGCCGUCUUCAUGAGCGCCCUGUCUGACGUCGACAGUGCGCUUUGGGGCCUCAAGGGCAAGUCAAGACAACCGGGCUUGGUUUGUGCCAGGGGCCGUUACCGACAUGCACACAGGAAGCAAGCUGGGUGUUCCCAUCUACGAGUCCUGACAUCCUCCAGCCCGACAUCUCUCACAUGGGGGGUUAUCUCGGAGAUGCGCCGCAUCGCGGCCAUGUGCGAGGCCUACGACGUCUCGGCAGCGACCAGCGUCCCAGGUCGGCACUCCAUGCCCAGCUUUUGCGUCCAGGAGAUGAUCCUCGGUAUCCACUACAACGCCUUGGUCGGCGGCGAGGGCCUCACGACCUACAUCAGAAACCCGAAGUGUGGAGCCCCGUCGACGGCUGCAUCGACAUCCGGAGGGGUCCUGGUCUGUGGAUCGAGACGGACGAGGAAAAGGUGCGCGCGCUGUCGAAGAACUGAGAGAUCUGGGUCACGCCGGGCUUCAACGGCCCAGGCGGAGAGAUCCGAGAGCGGUGAAUUGCGAUCAAGGGAUGCGUGCGUAUGGCGUGUUUCUCAUACUGUAGUUCGGGUCUCGAGAGAUGAAGACCUUCGGUAA